CAAGUCUGGAAGCGGUGCCUGCGCGUGAAUGAACCAAACCCCACACUGGAUAAGGCACCACGUGUCCAACUUCAACCUCCGUCUUCCGGCGGCAAGCGGAGACCUCCCGCAGCCGAUCCCCUCCGACGGCCAUGGCCGCCACCGCGAACCUUGCCCUUCUCCUCCCAUUGACUCUUGCCUCUAGAGUUUCCUUCCACACCCGCCUCCGCCUCCUACACAACGCACACCCUCCGCCGCAACGCCUCAUAGCGGUCGCCGUCGCCUCCACCUCCUCUUCCCAAACUCUACCAUCGCCUACCGCGUAUGAAACACUGGAGGCUAGGAAUCUGCGUCUGGAUACGGAGGCCUCCCUGGAAUGGGGCGCCGUCUGCGCGCGUCUGGCCGACUUCGCCGCCACUUCCACCGGCCGCGCCGCGUGCGGGGAAGGCCGGGUCCCCGUCGGGCGGAGCCGGAAUGAGAGCGAGCGGCUGAUCGAUCAGACGGCGGCGUCGGUUCUGCUGUCGUCGCCGCUGGAUUUCGGCGGCGUGGAGGACGUGUCCGCGGUCGUCGCCGCGGCGGCCGGGGGGCGGGUGCUAGCGGUGAGGGAGAUUUGUGGAGUCGGGCGCAGCGUCCGGGCCGCGCGCGGGGUGUUCGAUCAGUUGCAGAGACUCGCCGAGGAAAUGCCAGAUGGGAGGUAA